UUGUCGCAAAAACGUACAAGCGGGCGAGACACUCGAGAUGUCAAACGAGUUGCGCGGAUAGUGCUCAAGAUUAUCGGAACAUUCAUAAUUUUAGAUAUUAUUGUUCGCGGUGAUUUUAUUUGGGAUAUUAACACUGCUGCCAGGACAGGAAAUGCACACAUAUUGAUGAUCGAUUAAAAUAAAAUACGAUAGAAAGAGAAUCAUUUAGUGCGCUAAAACAAUUCAAGCAUGAGUGUUGUACUUGAUAUUGUUAAAAUAUAAUACAAAAGCUUUACACAUGUGGUAGAGUUUGUUUUUAAUUGGAUUAUCUUAUUUUGCAUUUUCAUCCGGAGGAAAACGUGUGUUAUAAACCACUGAACAUGUAACUACGGUUUCGUGUCCCGCGGAUGAUAUAUCAUCGUACAUUGUACAUGUUAGAUUAAACCUGGAGGGAAUAAGCUACAUACCUUAUCAGUGAUACAGACGAUGAUGGAUACUAUAGCCUAAAGUCGGUUUCAGCAACUUUAUACGUAUAGAAUGGCGGACCUGUUUACGCUUGACUCCUCCCAUAAUUUUGGCAUCUACACAAAGUCCGGGAAGAGGUCCAUUUUUCAGAUCGAUUUCCAAGACAAGAAGAUAAGCGUGAUAGAGCGCGGCAAAAUUGGCAAAGCAUACGACUUUCACAGUGUGGAAAACUACGACUCAGAAGACAGUCUCCAUAUUGUCAUACGUUUUCGUGGCAACAAGACGUUUGAGUUCGACGCAGACACAGCAGAAGAGAAAUAUACAAUAUGUCGUCUGCUGGGAAUGAUCCUAGCUCCGGACCCUGCGGAUUCAGAUAUCAUAAGGCGGGAAAAGGGAUCGAAUGGCUCACUCAGCACGACGAAACAGGUGAUCAAAGAGGGACACGUGGACAAGAAGGGGAACACAAAGAUACCAACGUGGUCCAAACGGCGGUUACAGGUUUGCCCGGGAGAGUUUUCGUACUACAAGCCCGGAUAUGAGGUAGCCUUAAAUCUCGUCCAGCUGUGGGAAAACUCGACGACAAUCAGCAUACAUGGCAACAACGGGUUGUGCGUGUCUGUCCGAGACAGGACUUACUAUUUUCGCGUUAAUUCUGAAAAAGGCGUCAAUAUUGAAGAAGAGAGGGAUGCAUGGAUUAAGGCGUUUAACCAGGCCAAGCAGCGGAAGAGAGCCACGUACCUCUUGCUGGAGAUGUCCAAUCAAAAACAACCCUCAAAACUAGAUCCACUGACACCAGUCGAUGACGCAUUUGAAGACGUUAUCUACCGGAACGAUCAGAAGUCCCCGGCCUCGACGAGCAGUUCUAACUCCAGCCGAGAGGUCCUUGAGGGCCUCGAAGCGAUCCACCGACUGGACGAGGUUCUCGACAACGAUGAAUUUGGAAGUAACGCGCGCUCCCGACAAACCAUUGCCCUCAGCGUGGUGGAGAAAACAAGUCCCUUGUCGGCGCCGACGAAGAACCGCGCCCGUCCGCCUGCUCUCCAACUUAGGAACGAAAGUCUGCAGACGCCGGAAGACAGCACGUACGAUUUUAUACCGGAACCAGAUUACUCCCCGCCGCCGUCGCCUCCUGCGCCGCUCGUUCCUUCUCCCUUAGACUCAACGUCACCUAUUACGCGCGACAACCAGACCUCCGGCAAAUACAAGAUGCGGAUUUCAACAAACAACCAGCAAGAGAACGGCGAUCCCCGUGAAUCGGGACUUUAUACAAGGGUUAUUAAAACCGAUUCCGUGAAAUCACCAGGCGUGAAAACGGGAGAAAACUUUAAUAAAAGUCGUCCGGCUCCUGGGGCCGUAAACGUUCUCCCGAAUAAUGGUGAGUUUCCGAAACUAAAGCGCGUUGAGUCCAAAGAUAAUUCGUUCGAGUCCGACAAACAAAGUCCACGUGCCGUGUAUUCCAAUCAAGUGACGGCGCAACCUGAGUACGAUAACGUCAGCAUUAUGGGCGUCAGAAAAAACAGUACGGAUCAGACGUACGCAAACGAUCUACGGAAGACGGACACACCGGAAAAGGCGUCCAGUCCAAGAGAAAAGACCAAACAAGCGCCGCCUAUACCGACUCCCGGGCGACCAGCACCUCCAGUCCCAUGUCCCCCGCCCGCAGCGCCCGCUCCCCCGCCCCCUCAACAAAUGCAGUCUCGACCACUCGGGAAAGGGCACCUCAAGCAAGUUCACUGGACCCGGACACCAAAACCAAUGAUCGCACAAUCCAUCUGGGAGCGUCCCAUGAAUUUGAGCAACAAACUGAACCUGGCGCGUCUGGAGGAGCAGUUUGCAUUGAAGGAUCGCGAUGUGCCCACCACCCCAGGCCCGAAGACCCCUACUUCCGGAAAGCCGCAGCUCCUGGUGGACGCAAAAAGGGCCCAGAUUUUGGACAUUUUCAUGUCCGGUCUGAAGAACGACGGCACCCGGAAACUGGUCAAUGUCCUCAACAGCGUCAGCGAGGACGAGAACUUUCCCGCGGAAAAACUUACCACAAUCAGAAGAUACCAGCCAAAUGAAGAAGAAAUUGAUAUGUACAGAGCGCAUGCGCAUAGGAAACAUGAGCUCCAUCCGGUCGACCAGUUUAUGCUAGAAUUAUGCGAAAUCCCAUGCUUAAGUAUCAGGAUCGAUAUUUGCCUGAUACUCUGGGAAUUCCCGUGGCAGUAUGACAGCACGUGCCAGCUUGUUGAGCAAGUGCACGCAGCAUGCGACGAGCUUCUAACAAGCGAAAUGUUGGUUGCCGUUCUACAGUACAUACUCGCAAUAGGGAACCAUCUCAACCGGAACUGGUCGGAAAGUAACGUUACUCCUGGUUUUCAAGUGACGUCAUUGGACAAGGUGCUCGGAGUGCGUGGGAAGGAGUCCGGCUACACGCUGGCGCACUUCCUGGUGGAACAGCUCGAGCACACGGACCCAGUACUGCUGCGCUGGCCCGACACCGUGGCCACUGUAAAGAAAUGCGAGCAGGUCUCCGUGAAAUCCGUGGCGGCUGAGAGCGAAGUUCUGAAAGGCGACCUUGCAAAGGUGAAACGGCACUUGAAGACGCUGCGCUCCCAGUCCGCCUUCCAGAACAGACAGGAUAACAAGUUCCAGCAGGAUGCGCAGAAUCUGACAGUUGAAUACGAAAUGAAACUGGAAAAGCUAGACAGGCGGUCUGGUGAACUGCAAAACAAGUACAGGAAAAUACUGACGCGUUUUGGCGAACCAUUGUAUCAGAGAUCGGACCAAAUGUUUGCAAUAAUUGCUGAUUUCAUGGACAAGUUUCGAGCCGCCAUUAAAGAUCUGGACAACAAAUGUCUGGAAAAGAAGAAAUCCACAUAAAUAACAAUGCCGGCGUUGUUGUUUUUAUUCAAUAUUGCAAUAGUGUUGGUGCGAACCAACAGGAUUCAGUACUGUUUGUUGUAUAACACACAUUUGCGUUGACCUCUGACAAUGUUCUGGUGUCUUCGCGUUUCUGUAAAUAUUUUUUUAACAAAUUGGUCAGUUGCUGAUUUGUUUGCAACACAUGUUCGCGAAACUGCGUCGUGCAUAUAUACUCGUCAAAUUGAUCAAAGUGAAUACAUUAAUGGUGUACGGUAGCAAUAUUUAUUUUAUCUCCACACUAACCAGGAGGCAACAAUAAUUGCCGUGCAAUCGUGCGUACGUACAUUAGAUUGUGUUUUCGUCUUCUCUUUGACGGCUGGGCGGAUCUUGCUCAAACUGUAGUAGCUUAAUAACCGUUUUGUCCUGAUGAUCGCUUAAGAAGGAAUUUUGGCUGCGACAAAUUUUGGCAGAAUUAUUGCCCAUGUUAUUUUGUUCUGUACAAUAUAUAUUUCCUUAAAAUUUGUGUACUCCACUUCUCUUUUACGUACACAUAUAUUUAACACAUAUAUCGGCACUCGGAGGCGGAUGUUGCAUGCAUUAAUAUUUUACAUGACCAUCUAAUCCAAUAUUUGGCAUUUUUUAUUUUUUUUUAUUUUAUUUAUUACCGGUACACGUAUACAUGAUUCGUUGUCAUUCAUAUGUUGUACAUGAAUAAAAUAGAUAUUAUAACGUUAUGUGCUCAUCCAGUUUAAAAAAAACUAUGUUUGUAUAAGACUAAACGUUGCACUUCAUACACACUAACUGAAUGUGAAUUAAUAUAUUAAAUACGUAAUGAUACACAAAUAACGUCUUGUACACACCCGUGUAUACAUUGUUAACUCUUUCAGUGCGGGAACCGAAUUUUGAAGGCCUUUGCAAACAGUUUGGAUCCAGUUCUGAACGUGGCGUCUCAUCUGGAUCCAAACUGUUUGCUAUUCUGAUAGUAUUCUUUGAAAAAAAAAUCGAAGAAAAUGCUAAUUUUAGAAAUUCAGCAGACGACAUUUUAGCAGACGACAAAUUUCCCAGCAUGCAAAGGGUUAAACAAUUCGCUGUUCAGAACAUUGACCAACUGGUUGUAAACAUUGAGUUUUUAUAUUGAACCAGUUAUUUUAAAUUCAUUUCGUUACAUGUCGUUUUAGGUUUUUCAUUUUUACAAAGUAUUAUGACACUUUGUUGUUGAAUGUUUGUUUAUUUAUUCGUAAAAGUCACUUAAUGAAAACGUUGUAUUGUUUAAGUUAUGUUACAUGUUGGAUUUUUUUAUAGAUUUUAUCGUUUCGUUUUUAUAAAUAGUAUGGUAUGUAACAUUUUGUGAUGCGUUUUUACAAACAUGUAAAUGAUAUCAGGAUUCAUGAAAAAUGCAAUAAAUUGAAGAAUGUUC